AUGUCUUCUCGCCAACACGCUCGCGCCCACUCUUUCAUUUCCGAAUGUCGAUAUGGAGUCGAGUCAUUCGCACGAACAACUAAUGAUGCCAUCGACGAGGUGCUACAAAUGUACGCAAAUGAAGAUUUUCACGACCAACAGACCUCAGGCCGCUGCGGUCAACAACACGAAGCUGCUCCGGCAUUCAACAUUCGUCGUAAGCCAGUACCGCCGUCUAAACAGCAUGUCGGCUCUGUGGAUGCUUCUUCUCACUCCCAGAUGCCUGAAGAUCAGCCCGGCAAUGUCCCUGCUCCAACACCUGGGCUAGACGUUCGUCGUGGACGCAGUGAUUCGGUGAUGGAUACUUGGCCAAACCCCGAUGCUUGCCUCGAUCAACAUACCAGCUUCCCUCGUCGAGAGAGUAUUCCAGCUUGUCUGCGACCAGGCUAUGGUAGAGUCGUUAAGAAUCAUUCUGAUGCGCGCCCUCUGAAUCCAACUUCCAUACCACAGAUACAGCCUAAUCCAAAUGUUGCUCAGUCAAAUAGACAGCAGCGUCGACUAUUAGGCUCCUCAUCAACAUAUGCUCAGACUGGUGGCAUUCCUAGACACGGUCAAUCACACUCUCAACACCAAGCGUUGAGUACGGUCGCUGACGGCAACUACUUGCCUCAUGAUCUUGACCGCUUCGAUACAACGCGCUUCGUCGACCCUCAAGACCAGAUCGACAUCGACAUGUGCAACAUCCGCCGUGAACAUUUCCGCGAUUCACUCGGGUACAUCUACGCUGAUCAUCUGGAUUCCGAGGUCGCGCAUCAUUUGCGGAAGCACGUUCCCACGCCAUACUUUGCGCCUUGGGAUUAUGUUCAACAGGGGUUUCGGUACGCAACUUCUUCGAAGGUGUGGACUGAGAAAAAGGAAUGGGCGAAGAAGUUCUUCCAGUAG